UACCCGGACACCUUUUUCACUCUUCCUUCCGUACAUCCCGUUUCGCCCCCUCCAUCUUCUCAAAAAAUAUACUCCAUGGAGGUCAGCACAGCGCCCGCCACAGCGCAGACAGAGGGCCAGAGGCGCCGAAGACCUCGAAACAGGAACCGAAACAACACAGGGCCUGUUCAGCAGCCCGCUCAACAGGAUGGACCUGACGCCCCCCCGCCCGUACCAGCACAGCGAGGCGGUAGGAGUGGGCGAGGAAGGGGACGAGGAUCUCACACCAACAACCCGAGAGGGCGCGGCCAGGCCCCUCAUGCUUCCCAAGUUCCUUCAGCGGAUGCUUCUUCAGCACCUCCCACGAACCACCAAAGAGGGCGAGGCGGACAGCAGAGAAACCCCAGAUUCCCCGGACGCGCUGCUGGCGGAAGGCAGUUUGGCGGCCAAUUGACGGUUGCAGCCAACGACGAGGGUUCAGCCUCUACUACCACGACAGAUCCCUCAUCUUCCGCAGGUCUCCAGCCCGAUGCCCCAGCUUUCGAACCUGGACGCCCGCUGGUUGCUCGACCUCCACGCCCCCGCAAGCCCCAAGCCCCAAAGUCAAACGCCCCCGAUAUCACUACACGAACUCACGAGGAUAUAGAUAAUGGGCACUACGAAUGUGCCAUUUGCGUGGAAACAAUCAAGAGAACAGCAAAAGGUGUAUGGUCGUGUAGAACCUGUUGGACUGUUUUCCAUUUGGGCUGCAUAAAAAAAUGGUCUACCAACGAAGGCUCGGCUGCGGCACGUCAACAGGCUCCCGAUGGUGAACUGCCACCGCCUCGUCAAUGGCGCUGCCCUGGAUGCAAUCUUCCCAAGGAUGAACUGCCUCGUAGUUUUUCCUGCUGGUGUGAGAAAGAAUCAGACCCCAAACCACUAGCUGGGAUUCCGCCGUUCUCAUGUGGUCAAACUUGUUCACGUUCACGAAUCUUACCAAAGAAGUGCCCCCAUCCUUGCCCAACCACAUGCCACGCCGGACCUUGUCCACCAUGCACGCAGAUAGGACCUACGCAGCACUGUUUUUGUAGCAAGAAGUCCAUGACUCGACGUUGUGUGGAUACUGACUAUGAGAAUGGCUGGAGCUGUGGUGAUGUCUGCGGUCAGCUGAUGCCUUGCGGAGAACAUUUCUGCCCUCAACCGUGCCACGAGGGUUCUUGUGGGGUUUGCGAGGUGCGGGUGCCAGCCCGAUGCUACUGUGGACAGAUCGAGAAAGCUAUCCUCUGCUGCGAUAAAAAUAUUGAGCGUCACAGUAGUCGGACAUUGACUGCCGAGGACGGCUCCCACGCCUUUGAAGAAUGGACCGGUGUUUUCAAUUGUCCUAAUACAUGCGGGCGCGACUUUGAUUGCGGGAAGCACACCUGUGAAAAGCCUUGCCAUCAACAAGACUCCGCGCCCCCUCACUGUCCACGUUCACCAGACGCCGUCUCACAUUGCCCCUGCGGCAAAACACCCUUGAGCGAGAUAUCUGGGGCCGUUCGCACGAGCUGUGAGGAUGCAAUCCCCAAUUGCUCAAAGCCUUGUGCGAACGAACUCGCUUGCGGCCAUCGAUGCGAGCGAUUCUGCCAUCAAGGGGCAUGCCCCCCGUGCUUACGUACCAUGUCCAUUCUCUGCCGUUGCGGGCGCACAACGUCCUCGACUAUUUGCCACCAGGGUGUGGAGGAGCCUCCGCAGUGCAUGCGAGUUUGUCGGGUAUCGCUCAAUUGUGGUCGCCACGAGUGCGGAGAACGAUGUUGUCCUGGUGAGCGAAAAGCCGCCGAACGUCAAGCGCAGCGAAGGAAGCCACGACCGUUGGAUUCGGCUCGUCAGCAUCGACAUGAUGAUGGUUUCGAGGCGGAGCAUAUUGACACUAGAAGCUGUGGUCGUCAGUUGCGGUGCGGAAAUCCAGACCAUCGGUGUCAGGAACUGUGCCACAAAGGGCCCUGUGGCACCUGCCGAGAGGCCAUUUUCGAUGAGAUCAGCUGUAAUUGCGGACGGACUGUACUCCAGCCUCCACUACCCUGUGGUACGAAACCUCCGCCAUGCCGUUUUCCAUGCGAAAGACCAAAAGCUUGCGGUCACCCCCAAGUCACGCACAAUUGUCAUGAAGAUGAAGAAUCCUGCCCGAAAUGUCCAUUCCUGACCACAAAAGCAUGCCUUUGUGGGAAGAACACGUUGAAAAACCAGCCUUGUUGGCUGACAGAAGUGCGAUGCGGUGAUAUAUGUGGUGCAAAACUCAAAUGCGGUGCUCAUCGAUGUCUUAAACAGUGUCAUCGCCCCGGAGAGUGCGAAGAACCAUGCCGACAGUCAUGUGGGAAAGAAUUGACCGUAUGUGGUCACCCCUGUAUGGCACCGUGUCACUCUCCCAGUCCGUGUAAGGAACAGAAGCCAUGCCAGCACAAGAUUUUCAUUACCUGCGAAUGCCAGCGCAUCAAACAAGAGGCCAAGUGCGGUGCAUCAAAGAACACAGAGGGUAAUCACAAUAAGCAACUCAAGUGCGACGAAGAGUGUGCUCGUCUCGAACGGAAUCGGAAACUGGCUGUAGCACUGAACGUAGACCCUGCUCAACAGACUGAUCAUGUCCCGUAUUCGGCGGACACGCUCAACAUGUACCAGCAGAACUCGGCAUGGGCCAGUGUUCAGGAAAAAGAACUGCGUCUGUUUGCUGCCGAGCCUGACCAGAAACGAUUGCGAUUCAAGCCGAUGCAGCGAAAGCAACGUGCAUUUCUACAUUCUCUGGCCGAAGACUUCGGCUUCGACUCGGAGAGCAUGGAUCCCGAACCACACCGACACGUCGCCAUAUUCAAAACACCACGCUUUGUCGUAGCUCCCAUGAAAUCACUGGCCGAAUGUGUCAGAAUCCGACAAGUGCAACGAACUAUCGCCCCCGCCGCAACGCCCGCACCCGCACCCGCAAUAUCCUCACGGCCCAAAGCCAGCAUAACCACCGCAGACCCGUACAACGCCUUCCUAAUCAACAACCCCCGCUUCGCCCUCACCAUCGAAGAAGUGCGCUCAGCGCUCAAAACCGUCUUACCCAAGACCUCGUUCGCCUUGGAACUCGACAUCAGCUUCCUCCCCACAGAGGAAGUAGCUCUCAAACCACCCAUCGCAGCCCGCAUCAACCUCCCCGAUCGAGACGUCCAAACGAUGCUGGAAACCCUCAAAACGCCGCUCGCGCAGGAACUCGCGGCGCAGAAAAUCGGCACGCUCCAGCUCGCGCGUCUAGAUGCUUCACUCAACAUCCUGCGCACCGAAUCCGAUGGCGUCGGCGCCGGUUGGAGCCAAGUCGCCGCCAAAGGCGGUGCGUCUGCCAGGCACGCAUCUUCGUUGGGCAGCGCGCCGAUUGGUGGCAAAGGCGGCUUCGCGGUGUUGAGUCUGAGCAGUAAAGCCAAGAAGAAGAAAGUGCCUGUGCAGGAGGUGGUUGAUGAUUGGGAGGCGGAGGAGGAGAAGGAAGAAGAGCGGGAGAAGGAGCGCGUUAGCGGUGUCAAUAGCGAUGCUGAGGGUGGUGCUGGUGCUGGCGAAGCUAGCGGCACUUCUGCUGCUGCUGCUGCUUCUGCUCCUCGCAAAGCCGAAGACGAGGCGAGCGAUGAAAUACUGCGGGCUUUCAACAAGGAAGAGGCGUCGCUGCCUUGGAGCGAGAGAUUGGAGGAUGACUGA